AUGAGAAGAUGUGGUCCAACACCAGCUUUGACUAUCUUCGUCGCUUACGUUCCAACAUCAAGCUACGAAGAAGAAGAAGAAGUCGAAGCUUUCUGCAUGGACCUGGAGAAGUUCUACCGAGAAGAUCAUGCCUUCUACAAGGUCAUAAUUGGCGAUUUCAACGCCAAAGUUGGCCCAAGAAGAACGCCGGAGGAACUUCACAUCGGGACCCACGGCCUACAAUGGAACGACCAAGGGGAGAGGCUCUCCGAGUUCAUCAUGACGACUAAGACCAUCCAUGGGAACUCGCAAUUCCAGAAGCCCUCAUGUCUACGCUGGACGUGGGAGUCACCCAGUGGAGGGUACCGUAAUGAAAUAGACCACAUCAUCGUCAAUAAAAGGUUCUGCCUGACGGAUGUCGCUGUUGUACCAAAGUUCUAUACGGGAUCGAACCAUCGCCUCCUCCGAGGAAGAUUUUCUUUCACAAGGAGAGUGGAGAAAGCCGCCAAGUUCAGAGAGAGAAAUUCCAGGACUAUCAUCAACUGGGAUCUCUUCGCUACGCUAGCCGGCUUUUGGGAAGAUUCCGCAAUGGACAACAUCGACGAGGAAUAUGACCGGCUUAUUGAACACCUUCACGACUGCGCGAAGAAGGCUGAGAGCUUUAAAACCACCAAGAGACGCCUGUCUCUUGAAACUCUUAAGCUGAUACGCCAGCGUGGAGCAGCACGAGCCGCAGGGAACCAAGAACUCACGUCCGAGCUCGCAAAGCUUUGCAGAGAGGCGAUAAAGGAAGACCUUAAAGAGAGAAGAGCAGAAGUACUGGCUGAAGCUGCAGAGGCGGGGAAAAGCAUCCGCUGUGCCCGUCAAGACUUCGCCAGUCGCAAGACAAGGAUGACUGCUCUCCGGAACCCGAAGGGAACAACCAUUGUAUCGAGAAGAGGGAUGGAGAAAAUCACCUACGAAUUCUACUCUGAUCUCUUCGACAGCCAUGUCCACUUGCCUCCUCACCACCUGAGGGAAGAUGGAUAA